AAGCGAUUGUUGGCGGAAGAACGAGGUGUGUGACGUCACGAGCGCAGCUCGCGUGCGUGAAUAUGGCGGUUCCUGCAACGACGAACGACUCCAAGAAAAGUGCUGGAAGUUAUGAAACAUGACAAGAAUCGGCAUUAAAAGACUGCGGAAGAGUCCAGCGGUUGUUCGGUGAGGAAACGAGCCCGACAGGAGAUACGUAAGGACGAAGCGGAGAGAGUUUACGGUCGCCUGUGGAACGCGCGAGGAGAGAGAGACACGCGGAAGUGACGAGAGACUUUAGCAACUACAACUCAAACAAACUCCAACUAAACACUACAAAUCAAAGUUACCUGAACCGAUGGUUAAAUCGUGAUAAAUAUGUGCGGAAGCGCGUUUGAGUGUUUCUGUUAGGGUUCAGACCGUUAUAUGACUCUUAUUUCGUAUCUAUUAUUACUUGUGUUUCAUUAACUCCAUCUGAAAGCGUUUAAUUCUGAGUUAUUUACGUCAGUGACGACGAUUUACUCGUUUACAGAUGAAGCAGAUGUGUAAGAAUAACUACUGACUGAUACUGAAUGACACUACAGACUCGUCUACCAAUCACUACCAAAGAUACACACAUCGUUUUAGCAUUUGUUUAGCAUUUAUUGGACUGUAACGCAUCAGGACAUGGGAAUUAAUUAUUGACAUGUCUGAUGUGUCAGUGGUUUGUGAUGGGAGCCGUUCAUAUUGAUGUGACGUCACCAUGAUUGACAGCUCAACACGACUGUGCACAGAGUUGAUGUUUUCAGUGUAUUUGCGCUGGAGAUUUCAGUGAGGGGGACUGGAGCAUCCUCAUGCAUUGAUUCUGACCCCAGAAACGGGUGCACCGUCCUCGUCACUUUCUGUUGUGUGAGAAUGACAUUACUUUUAAUCCCUCAGUGCAUUGAAACACACUGCUCUUUUACAUCUGCUUGUAUGCAGUUUGAGCUUUUAAAGCAGUGAUCUGUUCUGAAAUCAGUUAUCCAGCAGUCGAUGCAUGACUCGCACAGAGGAGCAGACUGGACUGUCCCCGUCUUGCUGUAUUCAGUAACGUCCUGCUCAUCUCUAGCUGCUGGAGUGUGAUCCUCAUCCGCUGUGUGUCCCUUAUGGGGCAGCAGCCAGGGAAGUUGGUCGGGGACCAGAGGAGGCCGAGUCUGCCGGCGCUGCCCUUCAUCAAGGGAGCAGGGAAGAGAGAGACCUCACGACAGGGAGCGCAGCCCUUCAAUGUGUUCACCGUCCACGAAGCUCUUCAGCGGCCGGAUUUCGAGGCCCCGGGUCUGUCUGAAGCGGCUCGUUGGAACUCCAAAGAGAAUCUGUUGGCGGGACCCAGUGAAAAUGACCCCAAUCUGUUCGUAGCGCUGUAUGACUUUGUCGCAAGCGGAGACAACACUCUCAGCAUCACCAAAGGAGAGAAGCUGAGGGUUCUGGGAUACAAUCACAAUGGCGAGUGGUGCGAGGCUCAGACCAAGAACGGCCAGGGCUGGGUGCCCAGCAACUACAUCACACCCGUCAACAGCCUGGAGAAGCACAGCUGGUACCACGGUCCUGUGUCCCGCAACGCCGCCGAGUACCUGCUGAGCAGCGGCAUCAACGGCAGCUUCCUGGUGCGUGAGAGCGAGAGCAGCCCAGGACAGAGGUCCAUCUCGCUGCGCUGCGAGGGACGUGUCUACCACUACCGCAUCAACACAGCUUCGGAUGGCAAGCUGUAUGUGUCGUCGGAGAGCCGCUUCAACACACUGGCGGAGUUGGUUCACCAUCAUUCCACGGUGUCCGAUGGUCUGAUCACGACGCUGCAUUACCCAGCGCCCAAACGCAACAAGCCCACCAUCUAUGGUGUCUCACCCAACUAUGACAAAUGGGAGAUGGAGCGCACUGAUAUUACCAUGAAACACAAGCUGGGCGGAGGGCAGUAUGGAGAGGUGUACGAGGGUGUCUGGAAGAAAUACAACCUAACUGUGGCUGUCAAAACACUAAAGGAGGACACAAUGGAAGUGGAAGAGUUUUUAAAAGAAGCUGCAGUCAUGAAAGAAAUCAAGCACCCAAACUUAGUGCAGCUGUUAGGUGUCUGUACACGGGAACCUCCGUUUUAUAUCAUCACAGAGUUCAUGACUCAUGGAAACCUGCUGGAUUACCUGCGUGAAUGUGAUCAUGAGGAGGUCAAUGCUGUGGUGCUGCUCUACAUGGCCACGCAGAUCUCCUCUGCAAUGGAGUACCUGGAGAAGAAGAACUUCAUCCACAGGGAUCUGGCUGCUCGUAACUGCUUAGUUGGGGAAAACCACUUAGUCAAAGUGGCAGAUUUUGGACUGAGUCGCCUGAUGACGGAAGAAACCUACAUAGCCCAUGUAGGAGCCAAGUUUCCCAUUAAAUGGACCGCCCCGGAGAGUCUGGCCUAUAACAAAUUCUCCAUUAAGUCAGAUGUGUGGGCAUUUGGUGUCCUGCUUUGGGAAAUUGCCACUUACGGGAUGUCUCCAUAUCCUGGAAUUGACUUGUCCCAAGUGUACGAGCUACUAGAGAAAGAUUACCGCAUGGACAGACCCGAAGGAUGCCCAGAGAAAGUCUAUGAGCUCAUGAGGGCCUGUUGGAGAUGGAACCCUGCAGAGCGGCCUUCUUUUGCUGAAACUCACCAGGCAUUUGAAACAAUGUUUCAAGAGUCCAGUAUCUCUGAUGAGGUGGAGAAAGAGUUGGGGAAGAAGGGUAAGAAGCUGACACUGGGUCCAAUACAGCAGGCACCAGAACUUCCCACUAAGACGAGGACUCUAAGAAGACAUAUGGACAGUAGGGAUGGUGACAGUCCAGAUGCAGCAGAGGCUGAGGUGGUAGGGCCCCCGAUGCUCCCGAGGCCUGUCCUUGAUAGUAACUUGAACGAAGAUGAUCGCCUCCUACCUAAAGAUAAAGAUAAGUUCCGAAUGAAUCCAUUCAGUUUAAUCAAGAAAAAGAAGAGAACCGCCCCGGCACCCCCAAAGCGCAGCAGCUCCUUUGGUAAGAUGGAUGGGCACUUGGAUCGUAAAGGACAGGUUCCCGACUGCAGAGAUGAUUUCAACAACGGGGCUUCAACCAGUGAUGCCUUGCACAGCAUUGACCCUUCCAAACUGAUUAGCUCCAACAAUACCAUGGCUGUCGGGGUCACCAAUGGAGCCCCAGUAUAUCCUGGUCAGCUCUUCCCUUCACAUUCACGGAAAAAGGGCACAGGCACAACAUCGGGUGGCGGAGGGAAGCUUGCCACAACUCCACCCACAGAGGAAGAUCCUAUGUCAAACUCCAAGCGCUUUCUACGGUCUUCUUCCGCUUCUAGCAUGCCCCCAGGGUCUGAACGCACUGAGUGGAAGUCUGUCACCCUGCCGCGUAACAUCCAGUCAUCUCACUUUGACUCUGGCACCAUUGGAGGCAAGCCAGCUUUACCACGCAAGAAAGCAGAUUGCAUGCCACGUGGUGGCACCCUUACCCCGCCACCACGCCUUCCCAAGAAAAUUGAGGAUGCACCUGACGAAGUGUUUAAGGACUCAGAGUCUAGUCCUGGAUCAAGUCCUUUGACUCUGACACCUAAGCUCACCCGUCGGCCACAUGUGCAGAUGGAAAAUUCCAAAACAAGUGCCUUGCAAGCAGAGCUGUUCAAGCCCAAUGUGCUUCCACCUCUGGGAGCAUCUGGUGAUGAAUGCCGACCUCGUAGGCUCAAGAACUCUUCUGAAGUCCCUGGACAAAGAGACAGAGAGAAGGGGAAGUUUACAAAACCUAAACCGGCUCCUCCUCCACCUCCUGUGUCUAGUGCCAAAUCUGGAAAGUCUUCGAGGAAUCCCACUUCUGAUAUCUCUUCGGAUACUAAAGUCAAAGGCUUCUCUGAACAAAACCCUUUAAGUCCUGGAUCCACAGAACAAGGCAGGGGGACAAGUCUUUCCCAAGAAAGUGGUAAAAAAUUGCCAAAAAACACUUCAAAAGUGCAGCCCCCAAAGACCUCUUCGACAUCCCCAAGCAGUCAGCUACCAGGGAUGGGAACGGGAUCGGCUGUUGGUGACCCAGGAUCCAACUUCAUUCCCCUCAUGACGACUCGCCGCUCACUAAGGAAAACACGCCAGCCAUCGGAGCGACUCUCCAAUUCUUGCAUUACACGCGAGAUGGUUUUGGAGAGCACGGAGCUCCUGCGAGCUGCCAUUGGCCGCAUUUCAGAGCAAACCGGCAGCCACAGUGCAGUGUUGGAAGCUGGCAAGAAUCUGUCCAAGUAUUGCGCAAGCUACGUCGAGUCCAUCCAGCAGAUGCGCAACAAGUUCACUUUCCGUGAAGCCAUCAAUAAGUUGGAGAGUAGCCUGCGUGAGCUGCAGAUCUGUCCUGCUGCCACUGGGGGAGCCAACACAACACAAGACUUUUCAAAGCUACUUUCCUCCAUCAAGGAGAUCAGUGACAUAGUUCAGAGGUAGCGGAGAAGAGCACAGAUGGAACUGAUAUCUGUGUGUCUGGGGCUUCUCUUGGUUGGCUGUGGCGUGCCAUACAUUUCCAUUGGACCCACCUCAGCUUUUCUCAUGCCAAAUAGUGGAACAUUUAAGAACGAUUCAGUGUCUUAUUACUAGCAGUGCACAAAUGCAGGGGAACCAGUAAUGUUGCUCCAGACUCUGUUUGGCGAUUUUAAGGUAGCCCAGGUCCAAGCCUUAGUGACUUGAUUUUUUAUGAGUCUUUGUCUGCAAUUCCUUGGCUUUUCUUCUCUCCAUUUUCUCAAAGUAUUUGUUAUAGACAGCAUUAUCUCAACAUUGCAGAUGACUGACAGAAAAACACCUCAUGUGCCUCACACUUUUCAAUCUCUUUAAGGGAUCAAAAUAUAUUUUCGAUUACAUUCAUGAUCAUAGUAUUGAUAAAGACUUGUUUAUUGACGUGUCCAGCUUAGAUUUCUUUGUGUGGUUAGUCGAGAAAGGGCUUUGUUGUGAGAUGUGAAUGGUCCCUGUGAUAUGAGGAACUUCAAACCGACUGAUCAAGUAUUGUAUGAUUGCAACACUGUGCCAUGAUUGACAUUUCACUGAUGGGGUCGUUAAGUAGGUUUUCUCACCUUUUCCAGGCCCGUCAAGGGUUUUGAACAAGUGUUCCUACAGCACAAUUACUACAUACAUGCCUUUCCAAAACUACGGUUGCCUUAAAGAGACUCGCUGAACAUGAAUCAUUGGUCAGUGAAUGAAACACUACUGUCUCAAGGAGAAAGAUUUGGAAGUGAGAAUCAGCGCUUCAGAAACAGUAUAGGUAUAGAUGUUUUUGUAAUGUCCUCUGUAAGAUCUUCAGUUACCACUUGACGUAAUUUCAAAGGUUUUCCACACACCACUGACAGAAGUGCUCCAGGAUCACGGACUUGACGGAGCAGCUUUAUCCAGUGACCACAAGCCAUGAUUCUAAUUGAGGUGAUGGGAGUCGAGUCAAUGACUAUCUUACUAAAACUUUUGUGUUUGUUUUGCUUGUGUAGUUUUCAGUAUUAGUUUGUCUUUUCCAACACUUUGCCAUUAGACUGCGACGCCUGAGGAAGAGGCCAACCACAAGCUUUUAAUUCAACAUGGUACUACCAGUGUUGACAUUUCAUGUUUGUUUUUUUUCUCUUAAAAUCAUGCCACUAUUAAAUUUGUAUUCAAGCUUCACCCUUUUGUAGACUAAUUGCUCAUCUUUGUAAAUACACAUCACUUAUUUUUAGUUGAUUCUUCCUGUAACCUUGGUGCAAUUUUUUUAUUGCAAAAAAUACAAAGCAAUUUUUCUACUUGAACAA